AUGACGCAGGCUGCUUCUUCCACCAAGUCGUCCUCUCCGGGCGAGGCAGCCCAGAGCCGUGGUCUUCUUGAAGGGGUGGCUCCUCACGAGGUGAUCCAGAAAGGGAUCGACCUCUUCGAUCCAAGCCUCACGGUGGAGGCCUUGUGGGGCUCUACUCCGCCCUCUGGUGGCGCUCUUCUUGAAGCGGUUUUGGCGUUCUACUCCGACGGCUGCCACGACGUUCCGUGGUACUACAACGAGACUUCCGACGGCGGCCCCUCCAAGAAAGCUCGCAGCAUCGUCAGGUCGCCCUUGUCGCGCGAACUUCAGGAAGCAACGGUUCAAUCCUACGCAGACAGAGUCAUCCGCGAAAGUAUUUCGCAAGUGGCCGCAGGCCAGGCCAGGGUUGCAAUUGUGAGCAUGCUUACUCCGGCCGCAGGAGAGCCCAUCUUCAAGUUUCGCACGAUGGAUCGGGUCCUUCCGUGCGAGGCCGGAACGUACAACCACCGGGCCGAAGCCGUGUACAGGGCCUCCGAGAUUGCACCGACGCACCCCAACGUGGCUCCGGUGCUUGAGAGGGGCCUCAAAGCCGUAAAAUUCGUGCACCCCCGAAUUCCGGACAAAGUGUGGCAUCGCUUCAUAGUGACCCACAACAGCUUUCACACUGGCUCUGGCGAGAACUUCCUUGACUACUUGCAAGAAUCCAUCACGAUGGAGGCCGAUUGGGAAUUGGAGACAGCGAGGACAGGCUUGUACUUUCGCGAUUGGGAUGCAUUCCGGAAGGCGCUCUCGCUCGCGCAUAUGUUGCGUAACAGAUUCAAGGUCUGGGAGGCCUUUCGGACGUUCUGCAACAGCCAUGUCGAUUUCCUUGGCUCAGAGAUGGAUCCUGCAGCAGUCAUCGCCUCGAUGCAUCAACUGGCCUUGCUGGUCAUCGGAAAUAUGGCCAAGUAUUACAGUGUCCAGCAGACGGCCGUCAUGCUGUUGCACUCUUUGAAGCACUGCGUCCCCAAGGCCACCGGCAAGAACAGCAGCGAGCGCCUUGCUGGCUGGACGUUCAAGCACUGGGAGCAGGACUCAGCCCGCAUGAACCUCUUCAACUUACCAAUGACUGACUCUGCCGUGGUGAAGAAGCUGACCGUGCAGACUGCUGAGCAGGAAGGGGCCAAAACUGGCAAGCGUGCUCAGGUCUGUGGUGACGUUCGCAGUGAGCUGGCCGGGCUGGGGGUCCGUGACAAGAAAGCCCGCGUCGAGGCUGCGACGACUGUGACGAGUGACAUGCCUGCUCCAACGGCCCCGACAGAUGCUCCGCAACAAGGUGCAGCUCCAAGUGUCCUGGGCGGCGCAGAUGGCUCCGACAGCAUUAAGCCCACAGAGCUCAAGCUGAAAAAAUCCGACAAGAAGUCAGCCUUCGUCCCCUUCUCCAUGGAGGAGAAGAAGAUGUUUCGCAAGUUCAUUGUGCCCACCUGUCCCACCGAAGACGACCCCGCGACUCGGGCGCUCACCGCGCUCGACGACUUCAUGCAGGCCAUGAAGUACGCAGAGCACGUUGUCAAGGAAUUGCAUGGAGAUGAUGUGCCAAAGGACAGCUUGGACAACACUUUCUCAUUCUGUGCAGGUCUGUUUUUGCAAUUCGUCUUCGAUGGCCGAGUUUGUCUAAGUGGAAAGGACCUCCGCGUGUGGACGGGGGCCAGGGCGGAGCUCCAAGCCACAUAUGUGGCCGCAUUAGACUUCAUGAGGAUGCGAGAUAAUGCGACUGAGUCUUCGGCAGCUGGCCCAUCCGGUGCGGACCGCAAGGUCGGGGCGCUUGAUCUAGCCAAGAUGCUCUGCGAUUCGUAUGUGAAUAUCCCGGUGCAAACUCUGGUGCUCGACGCCGAUGAAUCGCAAAGUCUUCGGCGUGUCGCAACAAUCAUGAGUACGCAGUUCACUGACGUGGUGCAGCCGCUGCGAGAGUUCUUGGCAAAGUAUAUCAAGCUACCGGUCCUCAUGCAUGACACUGUGCGAGACACACUGUCGGGGUUGAUGAACCGGUCAGUGAAGAGGAUGGAUUUGGUCGAUUUGAUUUGCUUCAUUCAGGGCUAUGUCGAAGCCGUCUUGCCAUUUCAGUGGACGCUGUUUGCCACAGACGUGGCUGAGCUAUUCGCAGCACGCGGCCACUUCGUGGAACGCACGGACGAGGCCAUCAGCCCAUCAGCCCAUCAGCUCAUCUUUGUGUUUGUCACCGUGCUUGUCUUUGACCAGGCGUCCUUGGCAACCUUCCUCAGCUUCCGCCUGCAGUACCUGGCGCGCAUCAUUAGCUCAGCCUGCACAUGUGUGCCAGAGUUGGUGCUGACCAACGUUGGAGACAAAACGUGGCAGAUGCUGUCUGUUUGGGGCGAGAAGGUCCAUGAGUCUCUGGACAUCCUCGUGCCGUUUGAUUCGAUGCUUUCCGCAGCAGACUGGGCCCCCCGAUGGGCCGAAGUGUUGCAGCAAUCGGAGACGGCAGCAGAGAUCAACAGGGAAGUCGCGUCCAAGGUGGCGGUUUCACAGCAUCCAGAGGCAUCGACCGGGGCCGCAGCUUUUGUCCAGAUUCGCAAGCAGCCGGAAGUGCAGCCAUCCAACCAGGGUGGCAACAACAAGGGCGACGCGAGGCUUGCUGAGAACCCCGGCAAGUCCGAAGAAUCAGGACGGCAGAGCUCUGACUCUGUGGGUAGCGUGAGCGUGACUGCCAUGAACGACUACGUCAGCGAGGCAUUCAAGGAGUCGUCGACAGCUUCAGCCGAGUGCAAGGCCCUCGGCCUCAGCAGGGUCUGCGCCAAGGUGCUGAAGAAGUUGGAAUGCAAGCUUAAUGCUGCGAUUUGGGAUGUUUACGAGUCGUGCUCUUCCGAGAUGUCGGGUGUCCACGUCAACAUCAAGACUGCAGCCGGUAAGGGUGGCAAAGAUGCGGUUCAAGUGAACCUACCAAUUCCUGAAGGAAUGCGCCUGCCGUCUGUCCAUCGGCUCUCAGCCACCAAAGGGCCCAAGGCCAUUUGGUGUUGCAAGAUCUUUGGUGUUCCUGAGCUGAAGUCGGUUGACUUCUUCAUGGAAGCUUGCAAAGACUGCCUCACCACAGAUGUUUGUGUCCCAGCCUGGUCGUCGCGGCCUGUUUCGCGCAACGACCAGGCCUUCUUCGAAGCCGUUGCCGUCAAGCAGAACGUCAUCAUGUUCAUGACGGGCCCCGGGGACUUGGACUUUGACGUGAAAUUGUUGCCUGCUUCGGCUUCGGAUUCUCAGUCUGGGCCCGCAGACAAGAUCAAGGAAGAGGUGGGCAGCAGGCAUGUUGUGGUGCCGCUGACCAUACAGUGCCUGGUGCCCGUGCCCGACUUGCAGGAUCUUAGCGAGUUGCUGCCGAGUGACAAGCUGGACAAAGAUCUGAAGGAUCAGCGUGACAGUGUGGAAAAGCAGAUUCGCAACUGGAUCACGACUGCCACGAAAGCCAAGGCUAAGGCAGUUAAGAGCAAGCGAAAGCAUGCCGCUGCGAACGAUGACUCAUCCAACCAGAAGACUGACAAGACUACCGUUGCCAUGUUCGAGACGCUUGGAUUGGACAUGCCGGCUGACAAGGAUGAGCAGAUUGCUUGCUUGAACGAGCUGAAGGAGCAGGAGGUGAGGUUUGAGAGCCUCGUCCAGAAGGCCAGGGAUGCCAUUCAGAUGCCCAGCGCCAUCCCGUUGACGCGACUACAGGGUGACGAUGAUAAAUCGCGCAAUGUGCGUGCCAAGCUCAUGCAAGAGGCGCUGGAACAGGCGCAGAAGGAAGAGCAGGGCGGAGGCGUUGCGCAAGAGGAGUGGGAAGCCUCUCGAUUCGGUGCUGUGGCGGCAGUCAAAGCGGCGCAGCAGGGUGCGGGUGUUGUCGGCAAGGAUGCGAAGGACUGGGACUUCAAUUGA